AUGAAGAAAAAUCCUGCUAAAAAACAACACCGGACAUAUGUGAAAAAACCAGCUCGAAGGAUUACUAUAUCCCGUUCUAAAUCCCUCAAAAAUGAUUUAGAACGUUAUGAAAAAGUAGGUGGGGUUUUCGAUAAACGUCUGGGUAAUCGUAAUGUCACCUUGACUGAGUCCGAAAAGUCUUUGCAAAGACACAUAGUCGAAAAAUUGAGACAACUUGAUAGUGUCUCAUUGGAAAGUGUUGAUGAUAAAGACCCUUUAUUCAAAGCGGCAUUUGACUCAAGUUUUCCUACCCGAAAACUAUGCACGGCUAAUGAUGUGGAAGGCGGGAUUGAAGGUCAUAUUGUGGAAAACAUCUUCUUCACUAAUGGUUCUACCGGUAAUAAACUGGGACAUAGUUUCAAGGACUCUCUGGCGGAAAAAAUUGCAGCUACGAAAUUGGAAAAGCUAAGACGUGUCGAAGAAAAUGAAGAACAGCGUGAGCGAUUAAAGGUCGUUAAUGACGAAUGGACAAAAAACAUUCGUUUCCUCUUAAACAGAGUCCAUGGCAUGAAGAAACGUCCAACUGCAGGAACUCAGCAGAACAAUAAUACGAAUGUUUCCCGUUUACUGGAAACAUUGGGUACUGAUAAAAAAGUGGUGCCUAUCGGCUCCUUAAAUGCCCACAACCCACAAGAACAGCUCUUUAGGCUUCAGGAUAUGGUGAGCUCCCGCAGGACUUCGAUUGAAGCGAGCGACCACGUCAUUGAGUCGGAAACAUUGGUUUCCCAUCUUCGUAUCUUACUCAGACUACCGAAAGAAAAGUCCUCUGCUAUUGCCUUCAUUUCUAACCAGCUUUGGACAGCUAGAUUGCAUCGUUUAAAAGAUGUUGUUCGCUAUCUUUUUUUAAUACAAUUGGCAUUUGAAUAUUGCUCUGAGAUAUUUGAAUGUUUAGAAAAUGAUGGAAAAUUGCCUAUAAAUAUUAUUGAAUGUGGUAUUUUUUGUCCGGAAAUUGUACAUGCACUAUCCCAGUUGUUUUGCCUUACUUCACUUGGUUCAAAUCUACCGAAACACAUUUUAGUUUUAAGAAAACCAUUGACUACUAUUAAAGUAUCCGAUUUGCCGAGUCUCGACAUUCGCCUUGUAAAUAGAUCUUCCCCUUUGUCUCACAAUGAAAUCCCUGUACUUCGUUUAACUUGCGUUUACAGGAUGAUUCGUCUAGCUAACCAAGUUUUCCUACUAUAUAACAAAUUCUUACCGAAAUGCGUUCUUGUGAACUUGUUUCAUCCUUUGAAAACGUCUCUGGUAGAAAGUAACUUCAUUUAUCAUCCCGCUUUUAUAGUAAACGAAAUCAAAAGUCUUUUCGAAUCAAUCAAGUCAGCAGAAAAUGCUCCUACACCUACUCGAUUAAUAUCAGAUCAUCGUCUUUUGGUUUUGAAUACUUUGAAACCAACAGAUUCCAAAGAAUUUAAAAAGUUAGGCAUUCUGCCUCAACUAGAGCCUGUUUUCGAUGAACGAUUAUGCGUAAAUCAACGUGAUAAUACUAAACGGACUCUACAACGAAAAAUUGCAAAGGAAAAACGUUGUGCAAUGCGAGCUAUUCGUCAAGAUUGUCAAUUUUUAGCUUCACAUCAAUUGAAUAUUAUUAAAAAGAGUGACUAUAUUCGGGAAAAGAAAACAAAGGCCAUUUUAAAUUCGAUGCGUUCAGUUGAAGAUUGA